GGCCCGCGGCUGCCCCGGUGUCCUCGCGCCGCUCGUCCGCGCGCAACCUGGCAGUUUGCCUCUUCCUCGUCCUCCAGCCUGCGUUCAUGGCCACCGCGGCGGCCGAGGAGCCCUUCCCCUUCCACGGCCUCCUGCCCAAGAAAGAGACCGGGGCCGCCUCCUUCCUCUGUCGCUACCCGGAGUAUGACGGGCGGGGGGUGCUCAUCGCCGUCCUGGACACGGGGGUCGACCCCGGGGCUCCGGGCAUGCAGGUUACAACUGAUGGAAAACCAAAAAUCAUUGAUAUCAUUGAUACCACAGGAAGUGGUGAUGUGAAUACUGCUACAGUGGUGGAGCCCAAAGAUGGCGAGGUUGUCGGUCUUUCAGGAAGAGCACUCAAGAUUCCUGUGAGCUGGACAAAUCCCUCAGGCAAAUAUCAUAUUGGCAUCAAAAAUGGCUAUGAUUUCUAUCCAAAGGCACUCAAAGAAAGGAUACAGGUUACAACUGAUGGAAAACCAAAAAUCAUUGAUAUCAUUGAUACCACAGGAAGUGGUGAUGUGAAUACUGCUACAGUGGUGGAGCCCAAAGAUGGCGAGGUUGUCGUUUACAGAGCCUGCAUUGAUUCGAAUGAAGAUGGGGAUUUGAGUAAAUCUACCGUAUUGAGAAACUACAAAGAGGCCCAAGAAUAUGGUUCCUUUGGCACAGCUGAGAUGUUAAAUUACUCUGUUAAUAUAUAUGAUGAUGGAAACCUGCUCUCCAUUGUGACCAGUGGAGGAGCUCAUGGAACACACGUAGCUAGUAUAGCCGCUGGGCAUUUUCCAGAAGAACCUGAACGGAAUGGUGUAGCUCCCGGUGCUCAGAUUCUUUCCAUCAAGAUCGGUGAUACCCGACUGAGCACGAUGGAAACAGGCACGGGCCUUAUACGCGCCAUGAUAGAAGUCAUAAAUCAUAAGUGUGAUCUUGUCAACUACAGCUAUGGAGAAGCAACUCACUGGCCAAAUUCUGGGAGAAUUUGUGAAGUAAUCAGUGAAGCAGUGUGGAAGCAUAACAUCAUUUACGUUUCAAGCGCUGGGAAUAACGGUCCAUGUCUUUCUACGGUCGGCUGUCCGGGUGGAACGACAUCCAGUGUCAUAGGUGUUGGUGCAUAUGUUUCUCCCGAUAUGAUGGUUGCUGAGUAUUCUCUGAGAGAGAAAUUACCAGCAAAUCAGUACACAUGGUCUUCAAGAGGCCCCAGUGCUGAUGGGGCCCUCGGAGUAAGUGUCAGCGCGCCCGGAGGAGCCAUUGCUUCUGUUCCCAACUGGACGUUGAGAGGAACUCAGCUAAUGAACGGGACGUCCAUGUCUUCUCCCAAUGCGUGUGGGGGCAUCGCCCUGAUACUUUCAGGUCUGAAAGCUAAUAACGUUAACUACACGGUUCAUUCAGUCAGAAGAGCUCUAGAAAAUACUGCAGUAAAGGCUGACAAUAUAGAAGUAUUUGCCCAAGGACAUGGUAUUAUUCAGGUUGAUAAAGCUUAUGACUACCUCGUUCAGAAUACAUCAUUUGCUAAUAAAUUAGGUUUCACUGUUACUGUUGGAAAUAACCGCGGCAUCUACCUCCGAGACCCUGUUCAGGUGGCUGCACCUUCAGAUCAUGGCGUUGGCAUUGAACCUGUGUUUCCGGAAAAUACCGAAAACGCUGAAAAAAUAUCCCUUCAGCUUCAUUUAGCUUUAACUUCAAAUUCAUCUUGGGUUCAGUGUCCCAGCCAUUUGGAACUCAUGAAUCAAUGUAGACACAUAAACAUACGUGUGGAUCCCAGGGGCUUAAGAGAAGGAUUACAUUAUACAGAGGUAUGUGGCUAUGAUAUAGCAUCCCCUAAUGCAGGUCCUCUGUUCAGAGUUCCAAUCACUGCAGUUAUAGCAACCAAAGUAAACGAAUCGUCACAUUAUGAUCUAGCCUUGACAGAUGUACAUUUUAAACCUGGUCAAAUUCGAAGGCAUUUUAUUGAGGUUCCUGAGGGUGCAACAUGGGCUGAAGUUACUGUGUGUUCGUGUUCUUCUGAGGUGUCAGCCAAGUUUGUUCUUCAUGCGGUGCAGCUUGUGAAGCAAAGAGCGUAUCGAAGUCAUGAAUUCUAUAAGUUUUGUUCCCUUCCAGAAAAAGGAACACUGACUGAAGCUUUUCCUGUCUUAGGUGGGAAAGCAAUUGAGUUUUGCAUUGCUCGUUGGUGGGCAAGUCUUAGUGAUGUCAAUAUUGAUUAUACCAUUUCUUUCCAUGGAAUAGUGUGUACUGCUCCUCAGUUAAACAUUCAUGCGUCGGAAGGAAUCAAUCGUUUUGAUGUUCAGUCCUCCUUGAAGUAUGAAGAUCUGGCUCCCUGCAUAACUUUGAAGAGCUGGGUCCAGACCCUCCGCCCACUGAGUGCAAAAACAAAACCUUUAGGAUCACGAGAUGUUUUGCCAAAUAAUCGUCAGCUUUAUGAGAUGAUCCUGACUUAUAACUUUCAUCAGCCCAAGAGUGGGGAAGUAACUCCAAGCUGCCCACUACUUUGUGAACUAUUAUAUGAAUCAGAAUUUGACAGCCAACUGUGGAUUAUAUUUGACCAGAACAAAAGACAAAUGGGUUCAGGAGAUGCCUAUCCACAUCAGUAUUCUUUGAAACUGGAGAAAGGAGAUUAUACAAUUCGACUACAGAUUCGUCAUGAGCAGAUCAGCGAUUUGGAACGUCUUAAAGAUCUCCCAUUCAUUGUUUCUCAUAGGUUGUCUAAUACCUUGAGCUUAGAUAUUCAUGAAAAUCAUAGCCUUGCACUUCUAGGAAAGAAGAAAUCAAGUAAUUUGACAUUACCACCCAAGUAUAACCAACCAUUCUUUGUUACCUCCUUACCUGAUGACAAAAUACCUAAAGGGGCAGGACCUGGAUGCUACCUUGCAGGAUCCUUAACAUUAUCAAAGACUGAACUUGGGAAGAAAGCUGGGCAGUCUGCAGCAAAACGACAAGGAAAAUUUAAAAAGGAUGUGAUCCCUGUUCAUUACUACCUAAUACCUCCGCCAACAAAGACUAAGAAUGGCAGCAAAGAUAAAGAAAAAGAUUCAGAAAAAGAGAAAGAUUUAAAAGAAGAGUUCACUGAAGCAUUACGAGAUCUUAAAAUUCAGUGGAUGACAAAGCUGGAUUCUAGUGACAUUUAUAAUGAAUUGAAAGAAACAUAUCCUAAUUAUCUUCCUCUGUAUGUUGCAAGACUUCAUCAGUUGGAUGCUGAAAAGGAACGGAUGAAAAGACUUAAUGAAAUUGUUGAAGCUGCAGAUGCUGUUAUUUCUCAUAUAGAUCAAACGGCCCUAGCAGUUUAUAUGGCAAUGAAGACUGACCCCAGGCCCGAUGCAGCUACUAUAAAAAAUGAUAUGGACAAACAGAAAUCUACCCUCGUGGAUGCCCUUUGUAGAAAAGGAUGUGCCCUGGCCGACCAUCUUCUUCACGCACAAGAUCAAGACGGGGCUGUUUCAAGCGACACCGAAGGAAGAGAGGAGGAAAGAGAAAAUACUCUGGAUUCUGUGAUGGAAACUUUUUGGGAAACUACAAAAUGGACUGAUCUUUUUGACAAUAAGGUUUUAACAUUUGCAUACAAGCAUGCAUUAGUACAUAAAUUGUAUGGGAGAGGCCUUAAAUUUGCAACUAAACUUGUGGAAGAAAAACCAACAAAAGAAAACUGGAAAAAUUGUAUUCAACUGAUGAAGUUACUUGGAUGGACCCAUUGUGCAUCUUUUACUGAAAACUGGCUCCCCAUCAUGUAUCCUCCUGAUUAUUGUGUAUUCUAAAAUAGGAACCAAGACUUUAAAUUUUAAAAAAGAAAGUUUUAUAGUGAAUGGAUAUAAAAACAAAUUUGUGGCAUUUUUAGUCUAAUGCAUGUUUUCAUCCGCUAUCAAAUACUGAUUAUUAAAAUGAUGUGUAUUUAUCAGAGAAUUUGCUGGCGUGUGGCUUAAUACAUGUAAAUCUAGACCUCUGACAUCAUGGUGUUUUUUUAAUGCCUCACAUUGCUGGCAGCGGGCUGUGCCCUGACUGCCAGCACCAAGGACUGUCAGUUGGGUUGCAGCUAUUACAUGCAUGAUCGGUUUUGAACAGUGACUUUUAACUGCAAACCUGUAAAAUUCUAUUUUUUAUUUUAUAAAUGAACAGGGUUUUAACAUGCUCAACUUUAAUUUUUUCAAUUGUAUGAAGGCCUUAAAAAGCUACAUUAAGCGUAGCUAAAAUUAUUUAUUGGACUAAAAAGUAACACAACUUCAUUUCCAGAUUUCUUUUUUUUUUUUUUUUUUUGCAAAAGUUUA